CUAAAAAUUUACUAAAAUUUAGCUACCUUGAAACUUCCAUUUUGUCCUCAAUAAUCAUUCUUGAAUCUACCUAAUCUUAUUUUCUUCUAGUUAAUGAUUGAUAAAAGGUGCUGUGAUAUAAUUAGGAAGCUAUUGGUUCAAAUUGUGGAACAGUCAGUAUGAUAGAAAUGCAAGGUAAGACCGCAUUAAAUAGAACUUGAGGUCCGGCCCUUUCCCAACCAACUCAAUAUGUAGUGAUAGGUUCAGUACAUCUGUCUUUCGGACACACAUGGAGAGUGUUUGUAGCAAUAUGCAAGUUGAAAGAAUAAUUAAUGUUCUUGGAGACAUACUUUUAGGUAUUUAGCUUGCAGAUCAGAUAAAGUUUGAAUCUUUUGCAGACAUAUAUAGUAGUCAAAGUUAAGUAGGAAGAAAUCUUUAAAACCCCAUAUGGAGAAAACAAACCAAGAGAUCCCCAUUUGCUUGGAAAUUUUGACUUUUCCAAGAUAUUGAGGUACUAGAAUCUUGAAAAGGCCGAAUCUUGAACUGGGGUUUUACAGAUUUGGAUAUCCAUUUGCUUGGUAGUUGACUUUUCCAUGACAUUUUUGUACAAGAAUCUUGAAAAGGUCCAAUCUUGAACUGGGGUUUUACAGAUUUGGAUAUCCAUUUGCUUUGUAGUUGACUUUUCCAUGACAUUUUUGUACCAGAAUCUUGAAAAUGUCCAAUCUUGAACUGGGGUUUUACAGAUUUGGAUAUCCAUUUGCUUGGAGGUUGACUUCUCUGAGACAUUUUUGUACCAGAAUCUUGAAGAACCAAGUUUGAACUGGGGUUUUACAGAUUGAGAUCUCCAUUUGCUUGGAAGUUGACUUCUCUAGGACAUUGAGGUUCCAGAAUCUUGAAAAGGUCUAAUCUUGGACUGGAAGUGUCUUUGUUCUUUUGGGAUCCCAUUUUGCAGGUUUGGGCAGUGAUGGGGGAAGAAGCCAAACUUCAAGUUCAUAGUGAGGGGGAAGAAGCCAAGCUUCAAAUUCAUGGCGAGGAGGGGGAGGAAGUGCAAGAAAGUGAGCAUAAUGAUAGGAUCUGUAGUUCUAUUUGUGCUCCAGUCAACUGGUUCAAAAUGCUCGCUAUGGAAUUGCACUGGAGUUUUGUGUUUGGUGUUGUGAUUGUAUAUGGAAUAAGCCAAGGACUUGGUGGUGCUUUUUCCCGCAUAAGUACAGAGUACUAUAUGAAGGAUGUACAAAAAGUGCAGCCUUCUGAAUCUCAGGUUUAUUCAGGGAUAACUUCAAUCCCCUGGAUUGUCAAGCCUCUUUGGGGUCUUCUCACUGAUGCUGUUCCCAUUUUGGGGUAUCACCGCAGGCCUUAUUUCUUAUUUGCGGGUUUUCUUGGAUUUGUCUCCAUGCUGUUCUUAUCGUUGCACAAGAACUUGCAUAUUGUGCUUGCACUGCUCUCCUUGACAGCAGGAAGUGCUGCGGUUGCUAUUGCUGAUGUGACUGUUGAUGCAUGUGUGGCGCAAAACAGCGGUUCUCAUCCUUCCCUUGCAGCUGAUAUGCAAAGCUUAUGUGCCUUGAGUUCCUCAAUUGGGGCACUAGUGGGAUUUUCUUUAAGUGGUAUAUUAGUUCACUUACUUGGCCCUAUGGGGGUAUAUGGCUUAUUGUCGAUACCAGCCGGGCUUGUUGUUUUGGUAGGAGUUUUGCUCAAGGAAUCUCAGACACACAAUUUUGCUUAUCAACAGGUAAACCAAAACUUAACUGAUGCUGCCAAGGCUAUGUGGAAUACUUUGAAAUGCCCGGAAGUUUGGCAACCAUGUCUUUAUAUGUACUUGUCCUUUGCGCUUAGUGUAGACAUCCAAGAAGGAAUGUUCUACUGGGCAACAGAUUCAGCAGGAGGACCACAAUUUUCAAAGGAGUAUAUCGGAUACAUAUCAGCAGUAGCCUCCAUUGGAGCACUUUUAGGGGCUAUACUGUACCAAUAUGGAUUGAAAGACCAUUCUUUUCGAGACCUGCUCUUUUGGACUCAGUUAUUGUUUGGUCUGUCAGGAAUGCUAGACUUGGUGCUGGUGUUGCGUUUAAAUUUGAAAUUCGGCAUACCAGAUUAUUUCUUCAUGGUGAUGGAUGCUAGUGUAUCUCAAAUGGUUGGACGACUAAAGUGGAUGCCACUUCUUGUUCUAAGUUCCAAGCUCUGUCCUCCUGGCAUUGAAGGCACAUUUUUCGCCUUGCUCAUGUCAAUUGACAAUACUGGACUCCUGACAUCAACAUGGGGAGGCGGAUUGUUGCUUCACGUCUUCAAAAUUACAAGGACAAAGUUUCAUAAUCUCUGGCUAGCCAUUUUGAUAAGGAGCAUUUUGAGAAUCACUCCACUUUCUUUACUAUUUUUGGUUCCUAGAAGUGAUCCUAACUCCUCUAUCCUUCCUGAUGAGAUGUCAGAUUCAAAAGAAACCAUUGAUACCCCAGCAACUCAGAAUGAAAAUAUCGAACUUGUCGCUCUGGUGCACAACAUGGAUACUAGAUAGCGGAUUAUACACGUUUUUGAGCUAAUCUAUUUCCAUAACCAUACUUAUAAAAGUAAUUACCAGAUACGAGUUUUAGACGCCUCCCACAAUUAUUUUUCUGUUUUAGUUUAGAUAGUAAAAGUUAUUGGAUAGAAGAUUCAUUUUUCUCUGUAUUCAUUGACAGCAAGCAUAUGAAAACAGAAAUUGCACUGUCUGUUAAACUUGUAAGGCACUUGUUUCUUGUGGAUUAUACAGGAAUAAUGUGAUCCACACAUUCAGCUUGAUGGUUUUUUACCAUUUCAUGUUCAUUUUUCUAUAA